UUGUUAUUCAAAGUACACGAAAGUGGAUGGCUGCUGUUAUUAGUUAAUUACACAAUAUGCAAACAAAGACACAUUUAAUCUUCUUCUUUGUGUGAAACUGAACUUUCCCUUUUCUCUACAGAAACUAUCUAGAAGAAGCUUUCUAUAUAUCCUUGGACCACAAUAAUGGAUAUGACGAAUUUUCCAUUACUCCAAGUUGAAUAUAUUAAUUGAUAUAUAUAUAUCUUCAACUUAAUUCAAAAACAAGAAGGCUCUUUAGUUGAGUUGUGCAUAUAGACGAAAGAAGGAACUGUUGUGCCAGCUGAAGAAGAAAACCAGAGACAAUUUUUUUUUCCCUCAGGGUAAAAGAUAUACAUGGAGUGGAUGCAAAGGAGAAAAGUGACAAUAUUCCUAGUACUCGUAGCUAUUGUCAUUGCCUUGAACAUCACUACUCUUGAUGGAGGACCAAUUGGAUCAGAAAGAAAAUUAGUUGAAAUAGAGAAGGUGUCAGGAUCCACGCAACAGUCAGAUGAUACUGUGAGGAUUGAUCCUUUGAAGAAUUUCAAGAAAUACAGAGGAGGAUAUGAUAUUACAGAAAAACACUAUUGGAGCUCAACCGUCUUUACAGGUAUAUAUGGCUAUGCCAUUGCUGUGAUAUGGCUCUUGUGUGGCUUAGGAUAUGGACUAUUCCUUCUUGCUUCAACCUUUUGCUGCAAAAGAAAGAGCAGAAAGCUCAAAAAGAGAUCAACUUGUCAUUAUAAACACUACUAUUUCUGGCUCAUUCUCUCAGCCAUUUUCUUGACAAUUUUAGCAAUAACUGCAACAGGGAUGGUUCUAGGGGGGAACGCAAAGUUUCGUUCAAAAGCAAAUACAGUAGUGGAUAUAAUCAUUGAUACAGCAGAUGGGGCAUCAGAGACAAUUUACACUACAACUGAAGCCAUGAGAGAGAUGAACAGUGGCUUACGAGAGACUGAUGUAGGUCCACAAGCUUCUAAUUUCCUAAUUCCUACUUCUACCAGGCUUGAUAGACAGGCUGAUGACAUACAUAGGGAAGCCAGAAAACAUAGACGAUUAAUCGAGAAACUCCUCAAGAUAGUGUACAUAGUAACUACAGUGGGUAUUUCUCUGAACUUGGUUGCUGUAAUUGCCCUAUCAGUAUUUGGGAUACUCAAAUUCAGAAGAACCCUUAAAUUGCUCAUUGCAUUAUGCUGGAUCUUUACAGCUCUGUGCUGGUUUCUUUUUGGAAUUUAUUACUUCUUAGACAACUUUGCUGGAGAUACAUGCACUGCACUAGAAAGUUUCCAAUCAGAUCCCUACAAUAGCAGUUUGAGCUCAAUUCUUCCCUGUGAUGAAUUGGUCUCAGCUGAAUCAGUCCUUCAUGAUGUCAGUAAAGGGGUAUAUCAAAUAGUCAACGAGGUGAAUCAAAAGUUAUCUACAGAAUAUGGAAAUGUUGCACAAAUCUGUAAUCCUUUCUCCGGUCCACCACAAUAUAACUACGAGCCAGGGAAUUGUUCAUCUACCACAAUUCGGGUUGGAGACCUCCCUCGGAUAUUCAAGAUGUUGACUUGCACUGAUCCAAACUGCAAGGGAGGAGUGAUGAUAUCCCCUAGAGAUUUCAACACUGUGGAGGCAUACACAACCGCCAUCCAGAAAAUCCUCGACGUGUACCCUGGAAUGGAGAACCUAACUCAAUGUGACACGGUAUUUAAUGCAUUCGACGAUAUCAUUGACAAACAUUGCAAACCAUUGAAGAAAAGCGCGCAUUUGGUAUGGGGAGGACUUGUUUUCCUCUCGGUUGUAAUGGUAGUGUUAGUCCUCGUGUGGUCUUUCGAAGCACACCACAAAGAGAAUCGUAACAACUUAGAUAGUUCUGUUAAGCCUCAUUCUGCAGAAGCAGAUAAGCUUGAAUUAGGAACAAGGAAAGAAGUCACAAAUUCUGUUCCAGUCAUGUAAAUAAUAGCUGAUUAGUUAUUAGUUUAAAGUAUUGCAUAAUAGGAAAGACCAUAGACAUUCAGAAGAAUUUCGAGAUAUCAAAUGGUGACCGAUAAAACUCUGGAGAAGAAGCAAGAUUCGACGCUCUCCCAGACAACAGAGUCAUCACGGUCGUGAGGUUAAAGGCCAUCCAACACAAAGCGGCCUUUCAUUCUUUUAUUUUGUCGUGGCACAUCCCCUGCACCUUCAUCUCAGGGGACCAAAAAAAAUUGUAGUAGAGUUAUAGGACCAUAUAUUUCUUUAGUUCUGUUUAUUGUUUUCCCAAAAAUAAACUGUAUAGAAAAUUCUUGUUUCUUCAAAAAGUUAAAGAAGCCAGCUAUGGGAACGAACCCCUCAGUGGCAUGUAUGAAAUUCAUAAAACAAGAAAAUUCCACAGCUAUAUGCUCGAGAAAUUUCAUGAAGUGUACUCUUUCUUUUCCUUUUUU